AUUUUCCUCAUUCAUUAACUCUUCAAAGUACUCUUUCCAUCUUCCCAUCACACUAUUGGCACCUGUCAACACACUUCCAUCCUUAUCCUUUAUCACCCUAACCUGCUGCACGUCCUUCCCAUCUCUGUCUCUCUGCCUUGCCAACCUGUACAGAUCAGUCUCUCCCUCCUUACUGUCCAACCUAGAAUACAAGUCAUCGUAAGCCCCUUGUUUGGCCUUUGCCAUCUCUACUUUCACCUUACGCUGCAUCUCCCUGUACUCCUGUCUACUCUCUUCAGUCCUCUCAGUGUCCCACUUCUUCUUAGCUAACCUCUUUCUCUGGAUCCACUCCUGCACCUCCUCAUUCCACCACCAAGUCUCCUUAUCUCCUUUCCUACCAGAUGACACACCAAGUACCCUCUGACCUGUCUCCCUGAUCACAUUUGCUGUAGUUGUCCAGUCAUCUGGAAGCACCUCCUGACCAUCCAAAGCCUGUCUCAACUCUUUCCUGAAAGUCAUACAACACUCUUCCUUUUUCAGCUUCCACCAUUUGGUCCUCUGCUCUGCCUUUGCCCUCUUCAUCUUCUUCACCACCAGGGUCAUCCUACACACCACCAUCCUAUGCUGUCUGGCUACACUCUCACCUACCACUACUUUGCAGUCACUGAUCUCCUUCAGAUUACACCGUCUACACAAGAUGUAGUCUACCUGUGUGCUCCUAUCUCCACUCUUAUAGGUCACGCUAUGUUCCUGCCUCUUCUGGAAGAAAGUAUUCACUACAGCCAUUUCCAUCCUUUUUGCAAAGUCAACCACCAUCUGUCCUUCUGCGUUCCUCUCCUGGAUACCAAACCUGCCCAUGACCUCCUCAUCAUCUCUGUUUCCUGCACCAACAUGUCCAUUGAAGUCUGCACCAAUGACAACUCUCUCACUUCUAGGGAUGCUCUGCAUCACUUCAUCAAGGUCCAACCAGAAUUUCUCCUUCUCCUCCAGCUCACAUCCUACCUGUGGAGCAUACCCACUAACAACAUUGAACAUCACACCUUCGAUUUCUAGCUUCAGGCUCAUCACUCGAUCUGACACUCUUUUUACCUCCAGGACAUUCCUAACAAACUCCUCCUUCAAGAUAACUCCUACUCCGUUUCUCUUCCUAUCUACACCAUGAUAGAACAACUUGAACCCUGCUCCUAAACUUCUAGCUUUACUACCUUUCCACCUGGUCUCCUGGACACAUAGUAUGUCCACCUUCCUCCUCUGCAUCAUGUCAACCAGCUCUCUACCUUUUCCUGUCAUAGUUCCAACAUUCAAAGUCCCUACUCUCAGUCCUAGACUCUUGGUGUUCCUCUUCUCUCUCUUCCUACGAACACACCUUCCUCCCCUCCUUCUUCGACCAACAGUCGUCCAUUUUCCACCGGCACCCUGUAGGUCGACAGCACCGAUGGUGGUCGUUGUUAACCCGGGCCUCGACCGAUCCGGUAUGGAAGUCAUACAUUUGAUUCGCAUGUUUGAUUUGGCCAAAGUUUUACGUUGGAUGCCCUUCCUGCCACAACCCUCUGUAUUUAUCCGGGCUUGGGACCGGCACAAUAAGACACUGGCUUGUGUCCCCUUGCGGCUACAUUAAACUUCAAAGCUAACAUGAUUAUUGAUUAACUGAAUCUGAAGGAGAAAAACUCAGUUUAAUGUAAAUAAACCCCGAGUUUAAAUUGAAAUCCCAUUAAUGAAACAUUUUACCAUCAACCACCCAGAUAAUGUUCAUUUAAAUGAUUAAAGUAGAUGUUUCCCUCCAGAUGUUCCAUAUAAAGUGGUGACUUUAAUGGUCUGCUAACAGCAGCAGCAUCAGCUUAAUGUUUAACACCAGUCAUGUGAGGAAACGUACUUUAAACUGGAGGAUCCUGCAGCAGCAUCAGGCGGAUGACAGAACAGCCAGCAGGUAGAGGAACCUUUAGAUCUUUAUCUCAGAACGUUUAGUGUUUUAUUCACCUAAAAACUCACUUUAAAUCAGCAGAACCCCUGCCGAUGCUUCAGACUCUUCAGCUGUUGUUUUAGAUCCUCUACGGUGAAUCUAAACUGGACUACUCAGACAGUAAAUGGUUUUGUGCUUUCAGGCAGCAGAUGUGGAACAGACGGUGAACCUUCCAGUAACCAUGGUAACUAGCUGUCUAACCGUGCUAACUAGCUGGCUAAUCGUCACACUGACGGCUGCUGGAGGACCAACAUCUGUAACCGUGGAACCAACCAGCAGCUUAGAAGCUCCACCAGGAACUCAGCUGACUCUAACAUGUGGAGAGAACAACGGUACAAGUGAGCUCCGGUUCUGGCACACCCCCUUUGGAGACCUGCAGGGUCCUAGUUUCCACGGUGACAGUGUCAUCCUGCAGCCUGACAGAAGCCUGUUGAUCUCCAACAGCAGCUUCCUGCACAGCGGCUUCUACUACUGUCUGAUGCAGCUCAGAAAAGAAACCAAGCUGCAGCCAUACCAGCUGCAGGUCCACACGUCAGGAAGGACUGGAGGUCCAGAGACUGGAGGUCCAGAGAAGCAGCAGGGUGUUUCAGAUGGGCUGUUUGCUGGAGCUGUGGCUGCUUCAGUGGUGAUCACGUUUGUUUUGGGCUUCAGCGUCGGAGCUUUAACCAGAACCCAGGUCCUCAGGUGUUUCACAGCCGUCACCAUGAAGCUAAAGUCACCACGGCGACGCCAACCUGACGUACCAGACCACGGGCCAGAGGUCACCAUGACAACCCUGCCACCGAUGUUUGACAACCAGGAAAUGGAGAUAGUUUCGACAACCUCAUCUCCUCCCAAAAAACCUCAGAGAAGCUUCAGACACAAGAGAGACGAAGAAACCACGGAAUAUCUACAGGGAUGCGACCACAAGCAGGACAAAGGGUCUGAUGAGGAGAUGGUUGAAGGGUCUGAUGAGGAGAAGGUUGAAGGUUCUGAUGAGAUGGUUGAAGGGUCUGAUGAGGAGAAGGCUGAAGGUUCUGAUGAGGAGAUUGAAGGGUCUGAUGAGACCAGUGGGUUCUACAUGGUGGGAGGAGAUAGAGGAAGUGAAGCAGAGGACAGUGAUGAUAAGAAAGAUGAAGCUGGUCAGACAGCUGUUAGAGAUUCUGCAGAAAGAGAAGCUGGGAAAAACCAGGAGGUGAAACAUGAGGCUCCCGCUCCUCGGCCAGGCCGCCGGGUCAUCCGUCUGUACAACUACGAUGAGGACGGCCACCGGUACCAGCACCUUCCUGACCCCGCCCCCCAGGAGCCAAGCCCUGCCCCCAGGCUCAAACAGCGCUCACUCUCUCUGACACGCCUCAACGCCAUCAUGGCCACCGCUUCAGCAUCACCGCUGGACAGGAAGGAGACUGACGGCAAAGCGACGCAACAUUUUCACAUGGAGAUAUAAGAUAACACCAUGCGAGGGUACAGGUCUUCAUCCUCAUCUGAGAACUACAAGAACCCAGAACACAUCCUGGUCCUAAAACCAUCAACACCAACCCACCUGACCCGAUAGCAUGUGGUCGGUCUGACACCAGAAACAUCUGGAAAUGACAGCAGCACUACUGUAGUUCAGGAUUAGAAUGUAGUUUAAUGAGAGCAGACGAGAAGCUAAGAGACGCUAACACACAGCUUCCUUCCUUCACAUCCAUUAUCCUGCUCAGAGUGUCGCUAACAGGUGAAGCCAACAGGUGAAGCCACUUGUACCUUGUCUGUCAGGUGUAAAUGUCUUCAGGAUGAUCAGUUACUGAGUUCAUCAUAAAUAAAUCUGUGCUGAUAAAAUGAA